AUGCGCGCCUUCAAGACCACCGUCAUCUCCGCUCUUCUCAUCACCAUAUACUCUCUCGUCCACGCUCAAGAUUGCGACCUCGUCAACGAGCAAGCCUGCUGUUAUGUCGAUGGCGACAACGACAGCACAACCUCAUACUGCUGCAACGGCUCCAUAGUCGGUAACCCUUCCUCCUCAGACGCCUCCGCUCUCAACGACCUCACCUGCUGUCAAGAUGAUGGACGCACUGGUAUCAACGUCGGCUUCGACAUCACCACUUGCCGUGCUGGUUCUGCGACACCCUUGACGGCCAAAGGCACCGCGGCGAGCUCUGUGGCAGAUGUCAUCAAGAGUUUGAGUGUUAGUAGGAGUAUUAGUAGGGAGAGCUUGUAUAGUGCGGCUUCUGUGUCGAGGGCGAGUGUUGCUGGUGCUACGGCUACGGCUACGACGACAAGUACUGGAUCUUCGAGCCAAUCCGCUGGGUCGUCUUCUGCUACUGUGUCGAGUACGGCUUCUAGCGCUUCUGGAUCUUCCAGUACUGCUGCUGCUGCUGCGGGCACGACUUCUUCUUCAUCUGGAUCGGCGGCUGCUGCUGGUUCAACUUCUUCACCUACUGGUGGUGUUGCUGCGAUUACUGUGGGUGGGUGGAAUGCUGCCAUGGCCGGUGGACUUGCCCUGGUUGCAGCCGCAUUGUAA